AUGUUGCUUUUGGAUUCUUCAACAGCCGCAACACAGGAGGCUUCUGACUCAUAUCAUUUGAGAGGGCCAUCGUACUGCCAAUUGAGGUGCUGGCUUUGCUUUGUCUCAGUUGCUUCAUGUUUUGCCAGCAACAAAAACACUCGCAAGGUCUUCUCUGAGUACCACAAUGUGCCUAUGGACACUCACAAGGUGUUCACAGCACUUGUACAGUGGGGUUCUUGCAGAAGCCCAUCUGUAAUUCACAACAGAGAGGUCCUUGUGAGAGCUCUCUUUGUAAAGGAGGUCUUGCGAGAGCUCUUUCUAUGCAAUGUUGCAGUGACACCACUAUUUUAUCUCUGGGAAGGAUCUAAUCCUUCCGUCUGCAGUUUCUUGAGAUCUCUGACAAAUUGA